GAGGCGCGGAGGGUGCUUGCGCAAGCGCUUGGAAGCCGAGACCUGCGUUUGAGGACCUUUGCUGAGGAGAGAAAGAUGGCGGUGCAGAAAGCUGUUUGCGUCCUGGUCGCCGAUCCGGCCUCCACGGGCAAUGUUAAGGGCGUCAUUCACUUCGAGCAGGAGGUUAAUGGGGAAGUAGUUCUUUCAGGAUGUAUUGAAGGGUUGGCUCCAGGGAAACAUGGGUUCCAUGUCCACGAAUUUGGAGACAAUACAAAUGGAUGUACCAGUGCAGGCCCUCACUUCAAUCCUGAGCACAAAAACCAUGGUGGACCAGAGGAUAAAGAGAGGCAUGUUGGUGAUCUUGGAAAUGUGACUGCAAAUAAUUCAGGUGUGGCAGAAGUGUCAAUACGGGACCAUAUUAUUUCUCUGUCAGGACGACAUUCAGUUAUUGGACGUACUAUGGUGGUUCAUGACAAAGUAGAUGAUCUGGGGAAAGGUGGAAAUGAAGAGAGCUUGAAGACUGGAAAUGCUGGUGCACGUCUAGCUUGUGGUGUGAUUGGACUAGCUAAGGCGUAGAUACUUCAAAAUUGGCAUAGUGUACCAAAAGCAACCUGUGGAAUGUAAAUGUACCUGUGCAGUUAUCAAUGAUCUGGCUUUGUUGUGUAAAGAGCAACCAUCUAAUCUUAUGGCUCUGUUAGAUGGAAUUUAAGCUGACAAGUCUUAUUUUGUAUUCCUGUAAUUAAAGAGGCUGUGAAAUAUUAAAAGAAUUGUUGCAUUCUGCAGACACCAAGAACCAA